AACUGAACUUUCAACUCCAAAGUAGUUUCUCGUGGACUUUGUAUCAGAAAUCAGGCCAGGAAAGAGAUUUAAUCCAUUUCUCGGCUGCUAGACGUCUCAUAGAAAGCUGUCAUGACCCUGAAAUUCUGUGCCAACAUCUCCUGGCUGUUUCGGGAGGCCGGGGCGGUGCCUCUGCGGUACGGGGCGGCCGCUCGGGCCGGCUUCCGGGGAGUGGAGGCCGCCUUUCUGUACGACAUACCCGUGGAAGAAGUGGUGAAAGCGAAAGAAGAGGCGGGAGUCGAGCAAGUCUUGAUCAACAUGUUCCCGGGAAACCUUGCCGAUGGCGAGCUCGGGCUGGCGGCUCUACCCGGGAGACAGCAGGCGUUCAAAGACGGUCUGGAACUCUCGAUCAAGUACGCGAACGCCCUUAAGUGCAAGCGGAUGCAUCUGAUGGCAGGACGCGUGCCGGUGGACUGGAGUCGCGAAGCCGCUCUGCCAAGCAUGGAAGAGACAUUCGUGGAGAACCUGAAGUUCGCCGCGGCCAGGCUUGAGAAAGAAGGGAUCCUUGCGCUCAUCGAACCCAUCAACUCUAAGAUGACGGACCCGAAGUACUUCUUAAACACCCCUCGACAGGCUUUGGGCAUCCUGCAGAAAGUUGGCCACAAGAACGUCAAGCUGCAGAUGGAUUUCUUCCACCAACAGAUCAUGGACGGGAACCUCACCAACAGCAUCAAGGAGUACCUCCCGCACAUCGGCCACAUGCAGGUCUCCCAGGUCCCCGGUAGGGCAGAGCCGGACUCCGAGGGCGAGGUGAACUACGGUUACGUGUUCUCUGUGCUGGAGAGUGUCGGGUACGACGGCUGGAUAGGGCUGGAGUACAACCCUGCCGGGGACACACUCACCGGCCUGGAGUGGUGGAGGAAGUACAUGAGCAAGGCAAAAUGAUCUAUGCUACCAGCGGAACUGUGUGCCAGAAUGUGUAAGCUGGUGAAAAGAAAAAAGGGACUAUUUUAGCUUCAAACGUUAUCUGUGAUUGCAGGUGGCUAUGGUGAUGAGAUAUGCAAGCAACAACUAUACAGACAGCGUGGAUUCUUUUCUUACUUCGGUGAUUGAAAACAAGAACAGUGCUACCUUUUAUGGUACAUUAUUUCAGUUGAUCUGAAGACAAUUGUACAUAAAAAUGUAACUUUUGAUUGUCUUACAAAAUAUUAUCAUAUAUCAGAACAAUUAUGAAGCUAAAUGUACAAAUGAGAUGUUGUGCAAAUACAUGUAUGUUGUAUUGCGGUGUCAACAUUUAAUCUUUACAAGAUUUUAGCCAGCAUGUAGUG